UUAGAUUUUUAAUGCUUAGUUAAUUAACACUUUCAUUACUGCUUUCACAUUACUAAUUCAUACAUGCUUACAUUUAGAAUUCUAUAUUACUCAGGCAUACUUUACUACACUGCCAUGUUAAGCAUUAUUUUGCCACUGCUAAUCCACCACACAGCAAACAUUAAAGCUGCUGAAAAAAAUUCUUCACAAUAGCCCUGUUUUUAUCCUACAUGACCUUUACAGUGUUUACCCAGUGGCUUAUGCAAUCUAACUUUGUAUGAAUAAUAUCGCACAUUACCAGGAAGCACGUAGAGUAUGCACAACUCAGGCAUAUCAAAUGCCACUUUUCCCCCUGCUGCAUAUAACAGUAUUCCAAUUACUGUUGUCAUUCCAUUCAACAAACAUUACACUCACACACACAAUGGAAAACACUGAUGGACUCCUAAGGCCGGAUUGCUGAUUGUGGAUAAGCGGACUCUUGGCUUGUCAAAGAGAAGCUGAGGUGCCAUAAUGUUGACGAUGAUUGUAGGAGACUGAGUGAGAUGUCAGUCAAGCUAUUGUUGGUGACCUAUGGGGCCAGUGUACACAAAGUGUCUCAGAGAAGGAGCGCUAAUCUAUGAUUAGAUUUAUGUCCAUCCAAGCAGAUGUCAACCUCUAUUUCAUGAAACAAGCCGCGCCAGAGACAAUACUGCCUAUGUCUUUCUUUACUGCAUAGUUUAUGGUUAUUGCUUAAAGUAUAAACAUGGGUCACUUUGUGGAUGAAUGAGGAGACAAGCCACUGGAUUACAGGUCUGUGAAUAGAUAACAAAGGUUUGUUGUUUAGUCUUACAACUACAAUUGUCACUUCUCUGCUUGUCAUACACAGCUUUAGUCUGAAGCUUUUUAACACAGGAAAACAAUUUAUAUAACCUAGACAGAGAGCUAAAUGCUAGCGUGAGUGUGUAUGCACCUAUAUUUCCUUACUACUACUACUACUACUACUACUACUUAAUACUAAUAGAUUGCACCCAAGGGUAGUAAAGUGCAAAUUGUUCUAUAUAUAGCGUUUGGACUGUUCUGAUGAGGUCUCUCUAAUUUUUCUGUAGAAACUGAAGGCUGUGAAAUGCUUGUCAGUGACAAAAAUGGGACAGAGUCCUUUAAAGUGGGCCAUAGCACUUUAUAAAAAGCAACAACAUAAAUGGUACCCAUGGCAUAAGGAGUUAUAAAGGUGGAUUCACAUACACUUUCAGAAAUAAAGGUACCAAACUGUACUUUUUAUUCUCACUAGGGAGGUACCAUCAAAAGGGCAUCUUUUGUACUUUUAGAGAAUAUCUUGAACCUGUUGAGGUGCAUGUGUUGUAGCGUUUAUUAGCAUUUAGAGUAAGGCUUUAAAAAGGUAUGUCAGUGGUCCUUAAGGUACAAAUAUGUAUGUUAAAUUAUUGUAUCGUCUGCCAUGGAAAAUACAUAAUGGUAAAAAUGAUGAGCCCAGAAAAAGUGCAGUUUGGUGCCUUUAUUUCUGAGAGUGUGGGAUUGGCAUUUUUCCCACUUAAUAAAGAUGAUUUUGUCAUAAAUUGUCAGUUUUAUAGUGCAAUCACUUGAGUCAAGUAUAAAUUCUCCCAUAAAAGCAGACAUCUCCAUUCCCACAGUGUCUAACUUGAACAUGAAGAUCUUGAUGAGGCCAAGACAUUUACAAAAAAAUGUAAAUAUGAUUUGAACACUGUCUUAAACACAUGAAUUACUCAAAUUACCUCUCUGUGCCAUAAUAAUUACAUACCACUUACAGGCCUUCUCCUUGAUUUCAUUCUUGAUUAGCGACAUUAGCAUAUUGAGUGGAGUACUCGGUUAAGGUUACAGUGCUUAUGGAAGCCUCAUGCCUGACUAAUAUGUAGAUAAUGGAGAGCCAAGAGAGAUGAAGGUAGGCUGGUUUCCUCCUGGUACUUGAGGACUAUUCGGGCACCCAGAUGGAGUCACUGCCUCUCCCCCUCACUGACUGAUGGAAAGUGGAUCAGCUUGUAUAAACGCCUACUCUACUAAUAAAGGCAGAUUUCCCAUGAGUCCCGGAGAUAAAAUGAGAGAGCCAGCCAUACAGGAAGUGAUUAAAGCAUAAUUGCCUAUGAAACAACCAGACAAAUGUAACAGAACAACAAAAGUGCAGAAAAACAGCUUCCUGCACAUGUCUAUUCUGGAAAGAAAUAAUACAUUCUAUGAUUUCGAGCUCUGCACACUUUAUGAGGUGACAGAAACUACCUACAGCAACUACUGAACUCAAAAAAUAAGGUGUCCAAUGAUAAGCUGUCUGUAUCAAACAGCAGGUUGAGGUAUAUUACUGAAUCAACCUCUUCAGGACAUCUCACAAAGACAGCACAUCUUAGCCACAGCCCAUCGCACUAAACGCCUUACAGGGAGGGAGCGAGAUGAAACUAGGGCACUGUUAUCUGGCCCCUUUUUUUCAUCCAGAAGCAGAGAUCUGUGGAUAACGAGCUGCAGUGAGGAAUCUGUGGGUUGCCGUGUUGAGUUUUGGAUUUAGCCCCUAAACCCACAGCUUAAAAGUGAAGGGGAAAAGUACACCGCCUACCUGCUCCUUGCUGUGAGUACCUGCUGCCCAAACAUGCUGAAGGACAAGAAGACCAAGGUGAAGAUCACCUUCUUGGUUAUUGUUGUGGGCAUCUCUUCCAUGCUUGCAGCCGUGGUAACAGAUCAUUGGGCCGUGCUGAGCCCCAGAGUAGAAAAACUUAACACCACCUGCGAGGCAGCCCACUUUGGGCUUUGGAGGCUCUGCAAGAAGAGCAUCUUCAUUGUGGAGGAAGACCCUCAGGGCAAAGGUUGUGGCCCCAUCAGCCUGCCUGGAGUCAAGAACUGCUCCUACUUCAAACACUUUACGUCAGGGGAGGAGGCUGAAGUUUUCGAAGUCAAGACUCAGAAAGAGUACAACAUCUCAGCUGCUGCCAUAGCCAUCUUCAGCCUGGCCUUCAUGACACUGGGCAGUCUGUGUCUCCUAGGAGCAUUUGGAAAGAGCAGGGAUUACCUACUAAGACCAGCUGGCAUGUUCUUCGCCUUUGCAGGUCUCUGCAUAGUCAUUUCAGUGGAGGUCAUGAGACAGUCUGUCAAACGCAUGAUUGACAGCGAUGAAACCAUCUGGAUCGAGUACUACUACUCGUGGUCCUUUGCAUGCGCCUGCGCUGCCUUCAUCCUCUUGUUCCUCAGCGGGAUCAGCCUGCUGAUCAUCUCCAUGCCUCACAUGCCACGGAACCCGUGGGAGACCUGCAUGGACGCUGAGCCUGAGACUAUGGACUAGCAGAACGCCUUUACCAGUCAAAUCAGGGUUUGGCACACAGUAAGAAUGCAUGAUAAAGGAAUGCAAGGUGUUGUAAGAAAGUUUUCUAAUGACUAUCAUUGUGUUUGUUGGAAGCAAAUGCAUUCAUGCUUAGAGAAGGUUAAGUCUGCUGUUUUAGAUAACAAAGUAGCAUUUCAUGCAAAAUUUCCAUAUGUGAUGCUUUUCAUUUGAAUUAAGGGUUUCGUAAUUUUGAAAUAUUCUUUAAGGUUCACUAUGUUUAUAAAGUUGAACUAAGGAUGCAAGUAUGCAUUUUUCAUUACACAUAUAGCCCAGUUCUCUGGGUAGUCCUUUAAAUAAUUCGAUGUUUUAGCAAAGGUUUAUAGUUUAGGAUAAUUAAGGUUGCUCUAUUUUAUGAAACCAUUCUUUAUUAUUACAUAAUGAAGAGCAAUAACCAACUAUUGCAGAAAUAAAUCAACUCAAGAACAUCUGAGAUCUUAAGAUGUUUAAAAUAACUCAUCAAAAAUAAUCAAGUGUGUGGCCGUCUGGAAACUGGAAACAUGCUUUUACCCAGAUCCAAUUUUUUGGCCAUUUUGGGUUUUUUCAUCGUUACAGCCGUAUGUGGGCCUCCACCAAACAGCUGCUGCAAAGUGAAGGACAGAACUGGGUGUCCAAAAUGGGGGCAGGUUAGACCAUAUCAAAAUACAGAUGGGUCAGAAAUAUAUCUCUUCUACUCUGGAGACCUUUGGGUUUGAGAUCAGUAGAUGGAUAUGAGACGACAGCAGAAUUUCAGCUUGCAUUCCCAGAUAUCUAGGUCCGAUAAACAAGUUUGAACAUUUUGUUUAAACCCAACCGUUUGGUUUCAUUGACCAAAAUGUUUGGAACACAACAUGACUCUUGAAAUCACUCCUUCUCAUUGUUAACUUUGCCCUUUUGUCUUGUAGCCAUGACUUAAUUUCCUUCUGUAAAUUAAUUUGCAGGUAAAGUCUGUGGGCCUAGACUUUGGUCAACCUUGGUUUAGAAUGUCUUCAUUAUGAUGUAGAAUUAAGAUUUCCCUUCACUGGAACUAAGGGUCAUGAACCUGUUUCUGCAUGAAAAUGCCCCGCGUACAAAGUGAGCGCCACAAAAACACAUGGUUUGCCAAGGUUGAUGUGGAAGAACCCGAUUCCUGACCACAGCUCCAGUGGGAUGAGCCGGAAGGCGACUACAUGCCAGGCCUCUUUGACGAACAUCAGUGCCUUGACCUGACUGAUGCUCUUGUGGCUGAAUUAGCACAAAUCACCACAGCCACGCUAGUGGAAAGCCUUCCCAGAAGUAUGGAGGUUAUUAUAACAACAAACAGAGGAUUACAUCUGUAAUGGGAGUUUCAACAAUCACAUGGGUACAUUUGGUCAGGUGUCCACAUACAUUUGGCCCCAUAGUGCAUACUUUACCAAAAUAAAAACUGUUUUUAUUUCAGAUCAUUUCGAACCUUGAUUAGUUUGUCAUUAUAAAAAUCCAGUUAAAAAAAAAAAACCCCACAGUAGUCAAUGCAUUUAAUCUGCCUGAACAUUGCUAAGUGCAACUUCCUGUUAGUUUCUGGAUAUUUAACACAGCAGAGCAAAAUGCUCCUCCACAGUCACAUGGACAAGAUGAGUAAUUUAGUUGGCAGGACUGAAUUAGUGAUCGUUUCAUCACCACAGAGCAGUCGAGUGAAGAUACGAUGAGUCUUGUGUUUAAAUGGCAAGUGACUUUUACCUCAAACUAGAUUGAUGUUGAACACUUCCUCUUUCCUCUUAAAUAUUGGCAGUAACGGUGUUUUUCGCCAAGCAGAUUAAGGGUCAAAUAUAGUCUUCAGAACUAUAUACAGUAGAAAAAUUGUCAAACUGCGCCCAUGUAAAGAUAGAUAUAAGCCAUAAACGAACUUGCUUCAUCAACACCUCUGUCUUAAGUGGCUUAUUCACCAGAACAGAAUAACAACGGUUAAUUUUCCAGCAGCAAAUAACGUCUACAUUCAACGGCUGAACAGAGAGCUGGAGAUCCAACACUGGAAGCAAGUCCGUGACUCCAGGUGCAAUGAGAAAUGACAAAUGAGAAACACCACAAGCUGAUUACGUCUCUCUGUGAUGGCUUAAGUCAUAACCCACCAAGUCUAAAUGAACAGAAAUGUCUUCAUUUUGCUGUGGUCUGUGUUAUACAUCUGUUAUAUCUAAGUAAAAAUAGGACAUUAAUGGAUUUUAAAGAAUGAUUUUAUGAUCUCUUAUUCAUAACCAGCUGCAAUAACUUCAUAUUGUGAGUGUGCUUAAGUGAUAGUAAACUGAUAAGUAUGACAGCAUGUGAUUUUAAAAAAAAAAAAUUCUCUUUCAUAAAUCAUGUCAUUAAUUUACCCAAAAGCUUCGUUUCUUUCAAGGCAAA